AUGGGCGCCAUUGGCGGCAUUAAAAGUCUCAUGCUUUUCGCGGCAUUUCUGUUCUUCGUCGAAAGUGGUAAGGUUAAUGCAUAUAACUAUAGACGAUGUGAUUAUCGUGGCGUCCUUUUGGGUGGGGCUUUAUAAUUUUUCAUAUUGUCCGUAAACGAUCGCAUUCGGAUAUAGUAUUAUAUCGGAUAUAGUAUAAGACUACGUGGAAUCCUGACUUGUAAAGAUCGAGUGAAAAAAUCGAUUUCGUUGAGUACAUGUACAUAUUCAUUUCUAAAUGACAGCUUGAAGUUAAUUGUUAAACGAAAUUUGAUAAUUAUACCAAUUGUAAUUAAUACUGGUCAAAUUACGAUUCGUAAAUUCAAAAAUUUAAACAAUCUGUGGCAAAUAUCAUAUAAUAUAUUUGCAAUCAGCUAAGCAGUUUAUUAAAUCGAAGUUCAAUAAACUACAUAUUUGGGUCAGUUAUUAUUUUUUUUUUUGCUAAUGGAAACUAUUUCACGAUAAUAAAUCGCAAAAAUUUGUCUUAAUAUUAAUUUAUGUUUCUUCCCAUUGAGUAAUCAAUUAGAGACUAAAAUAUUUGUAAUAUGUACGCGUAUUAUCGUUUAAUUAUUUUUUAGGUUAUAUUUUUUUUUUGUAAUUUGGAAAGCGUCGUACGACGCUAGCUGACAAGACUAUGAAUCAAAGGGGAUUAAACGGAAUUGCCAAUUUUUCUUUUCGUUUAGUCCACAGUUUAAAAUGCUAUCAAUGCAUCAGUACAAACAACACCGAUCCCUUCCAAUGCAACGAAUUUCUCUCGAGCGACGUCGAUAUCAAACCGCAGCCUUGCGAUGCUGUUUUCGGGGCGCAGUAUUGCGUGAAGCACACUGGCCGAUUCGAGGCUACUAGUUUGGAUUGCUACCAAUGCACAUCGGAAGAAGAACUUGGCUGUGGAGAUAGCAAUUUGGUUCUAAGUACCUUACAACCGGCGAACUGCAGUCACGUAUACGAUGCACGGUAUUGCAUCAAAUCAGUCGAACUAUAUGGAGGUGGAAUAGGAACGAAACGAUUCUGUUCAGCACGAGAUCUAGGAAAUUAUUGCGAUUACGUGAAUCGACAGGGUGACAAGUUGACUUACCGAACUUGCAUCUUCAGCUGCACCGGAGACGGAUGCAAUCCAGCGGCCAUCUUGAAACCAAGUAUCGCACCGAUGUUAUCAGUUGGUUUAUUCGCUGCGUACAAAUUGUUUUUCACG